UGUUAUUUCAAUUUUUUUUUUCGUUUACAUGCCUCAUUGAUGUACCGGAAGCUGCAGUUUUAUUGAAAAUAAUCAGCGAGAUAUCAGAUGUGGUGGAACUUUGGGAAAUUCAGAACAAAUCUAUCCUAACACCAGGGGAAUCAGAGGUUGCAUCAACAACCACUGAGUGGGUUCGGAAAUACACAAAAUGGCGUUCCUAGACUGGUUGAAGAAGGUGUGGAAAGUUGGCGUCGGCAUAGCACUCGGAUGGGGAUUGAGCAUCAUCUGGUCCAAACUCUUUACAAAAACGUCGAAUUCAUCAAUCAAAGACGUCGAGAAUCCCGAAGAAUUAGAAGAUGAGGGCAGAGUGUCAGAACAGUGCCCGGCUGUUAAUGAGGCAGAGCCAAUUCGAAAUCCAGCAGAUUUAGAAGAACGCCGAGAGCAGAAUAACGAUGAUAAAGACCCACCAGAACCUUCGCAACCUCUUCCUCCACGCAAACCAAAUCUCCAGAUUUCAGGAGGGAAUUACAACCAAACUGCAAUCAUGUCAGAAUACACAAGUUAUAAUUCAACUUCGGGUUCCAUUCAAGACGGGCCAAAUCAACAAAACCCAAACGACAACUAGAUAUACCGGAUACACCUGACCAACGUUUCCCACUCUGCAUACCAUGGCUACGUAGCUUCCAAAAUAUUUUACACGAACUGCACGUGGGAGAUCUCACGUUGAGCCUGGCAUGACUGCAACCUCAUAUGAGUCUAUAUUGGAAAUUUAAUCAAAAUUUUAGCCUUAACUCAAAAUUAUUGUUUUGGCGUCUUUUAUCAGCAAGUGGACAAUGAUUUUUAAAUUCAUUACUCCAGAAUUAUGUGAACCAAGAAUCCUGUAUAUUGUAGAAUGCAAAUUUAGAUUAAAGUUCCGCAAUCGUAUGUUUUUGUUUUUCUAUUUUAUCAAAAAUUCCUCCCUGGAAUAAAAAAACGGACCUCCUGAAGUAUGCGAAGUAUGCUUUUCUAAGAUGGCUUGGCACGGGAUCUCAAUAAGAGAUUGUAAUCUGUGACAGCCACACAGUUAAGUUUAAAGAUUUGACCACUAGGCUAUUGUGCCGACCAAUAUAGCGUGUUGCUUAC